CGCGAGUUCUCCUGGACAUCCAUUGACACCUGCGUCCAGAUCUAAAAAGAGACCAAUGGGAGAAACCAAGGCUUAUCCAUCACCACCUGAUGUAAUUCAACCUCCAUCAACCGAAGCAGUUAUGUCAUCAGCAAUCAGUGAAGAUAUGAUUCCCAUGACUGACGAAAUGAUGGGCAUUAUCGAAACAGAUUAUGAGACUCAAGAAUAUGAUGAAUUCAUUGAACUAAACGAAGAGCCACCUCCUCCACAGACCUCGACUUCGUUGAAUUAUUUAACUCCUGCGCCCGAACCUCCGUUGUCAUUAGUAACCGAACCUACUUCUACCCAGUCCAUGAAUUAUGUACCUUUGAAAUUUUCCAGUCAUGUUGACGAAAAAAAAUACCUUCAAGGGGGAAAAUUUUAUCAGCCCCAUAGUCGAAAAAAACGAAAGAGAGGAAAACUAGUAUAUAUAUAUGGUCCAGAUAAGCCAUCUCCUUUGCCCGAUUCUAAAAAGAAGAAGGGUGCGAAGAAACUGAUAGUCAAGAAAGAAAUGUCUGAUGAAUCUGAGGAAAGCUCAGAUUAUAGUAGCGAUUCGGGAAGCUCAACAUCCUCCGAAUCAGAUUACGAUGGAGAUGUCUCCAUGGAUCCAAAUAAUAGUAGCACGAUUUUAGAAUCAAAUUAUGGUAGCGAUGUUGCCGCAAGUGUGAAUUCUCGUAACUUGGAAUUUAUAAAUGCUGGACGCUUAACAAUGAUAUUCGAUCUACAUGAUCUCCACGGUAGACGCCAACUUCGUAUAGUAAACGAAGCAGAAUCAAAAGAAAGCUCAGAAACUGCUCUUAAAUGCCUGAGCGAACAAAUAGUAUUGGGUUCUUAUCCAUUUGGCGUUGGUACUAAUGGAGAAGGGGAGAGUACACAUGAGCUGCUCGAAUCUCACAGAUGCCUUAUGGAGAAAUUGAGUGGUGAACUCCCAACAGCAUCAGUGCUUCCGUUUGAGAUGGGUAAAGUCAUCACCGAUUGCAAAGCUACCUUGGAUAGCAUUUCGAACAAGUUUCCUAAGUCGCAAGGUCACUUGGAUUUAUCUGUCAAUGGGCCGCUCACAGUUCAGAAAUAUUAUAAUCUUGAUGGGAAUCAGGAUCGAGAAAUGAAGGAUGUGGAAGAAUCAGGGCUCAAUUUUCAAGAAUUCUCUACGCCUGAUAUCAUUGCGAGUUCUAAUGAUCUGUUAAUUGAGACAUCUCCUGAAAUUGUCAAAUUUUGGGAUAUUCAUAAGCUAACCCCGUAUGAUGGCGCAAAAAAUGUGAAGUAUUUUGUUCUCUAUCCGGAAUCAGAUCAUCUACGACACUACGUUGAAUAUUUUAUUGACGAGCUACGCGUUCAGUACGAGCAUCUUUGUGCACUUGGAACUCAUGAACCCAUAACGAUGGGCAGUUAUACUCGUGGUCUCGUGCCGAUACCCUUAAAAGUGCCUUCUCCGAAUGAGUCAACCCUAGCACUGCAAAUCCACAGUUAUGAAAAUGCAUGUGAGCGACUCGGCAAAUUAUUGAUCAAAUUUGUGGAAAAACUUGAAGACAGUUGCCUUGUGAUUUAUUUAGUCAACCCUUGGGGCCAUUUGUCUUCUAAUUUUGACAUAUUUAUGUGCUUCUCAAAAUUGCAUCAGUCUUUGAUUAAAAACAAUUCUAACUCGAAGUUCAUAUAUCCGCAAGUUAUACCGAUUGAUCAUAUUCUGAAAUUUGGUAAAACCAGUGGAGGAUCGUUUAAGAGCAAGUCUUUACUUAAGGAAUUAGCAUUUACUGUGUAUACCAAGUCACUGAAUUAUAGAGCACCUUUUAUUUUACCAAGACCUUCAAUAGUUUCCGUUAAUUUUAGGUGGACAAAGAAAUCGUCUUCU